CGGGCACACGAUUGCGUGCGGCAUGAAAUUAUAACUAGAAGCGCCGGGAAUGUAAUUCUUAAUAUAUGGCACAAAGCUUUUCCGCAGACUCCAAGUAUACAUGUGGUUUUCAGUUUUUUUUCUCUCUCUCAGCUGUUAUUACUCUACAGUCCCCGGAUGUUGGCGAACAUUCAAAUUUCACCUAUACAAUGUAAGUUCAGUGUAAAAAAAUCCCCAGCAAAAAUGGCGGAUUUGAGUGUUUGGACGCAGCGUCAUCUUUCUCGGGUGGUAGACGAUUUCGAUGCUGCUGACAAGGAUAAGAGUGGGACGUUGACGUUUGGCGAGGUCUGCGAUGUUCUUAAGGUUGCCGGAUUUAAGGGAACAGACGAGCAAGCCAAGAGAAUUUUCUGCGAAUUGGACACGGACAAGAACAAUAAGAUAUCCAAAAAUGAGUUUUCUAAGGCAAUGGGACGUGUUCCGAAAGUCGAUUUCAAGAUACUGGUUCUUAGACGUGCCUUUAACAAGAUUGAUGCAGACGGUAGCGGUUUCCUCACCAGAGACGAAAUACUCAAAGCAGCAAGUGAAGAUGUGGGGCUGAAUGUGACAGCAGAAAAAAUCUCAGACAUGUUGCUAGCAAUCACCAAAGACGCCGAUAAAAAGAUUUCGUAUGAUGAGUUUCUCGACAUUUGGGGGAAGAGGCAGACGUCUUCAGUGUUGCGCAUUACGUUUGAUAAACUGGAUAAAGAUAAGAGUGGAACUCUCACGAAGGACGAGAUGUUAGCGGGAAUUAAGUCUGAUGAAGAGCUUAGCAUUCAGGCUACAACGAUAUCGUCACUACUUGUAAAGUGGUGCAAGGGAACAUCAGUCAGUUACGAGGAGUUUUGUCGAUUUUACGAAAGUGUUUCGAAUAAGUAACACAAUGAGUUAUUGUGUUGUAAUUGUUUACACAAUACCGCCGGUGUACCAUUUUAUACAACGUCCCAAGUAUUACCAAUAUUUGCUUUCAGUCUGUACUCGUAUGAAAAAGCUAUUUAUAUUCUACAUUAGAAACAUUAUUAGAGAUAAGCUCCUCCAUGAAUAGAGAAAGAUAUAUUGAUGCAUCAUAUAUUGAUGGACAUUAUACUCUUCAUUAUGUAUGUCUUUCAGCAUAUAUCUGUCAGGAUUCUCUAAUGACCUGACUGAGAAGCCUGUAGUUGCUUGAAAAAAAACUUUAUUUACAUGAUCAUCUUUGGCACACAAUGUAUAAUUGGGUUUCAGAUAAAAAAUACCAUUUGUUUUAAUAAGAAUUGAUGUUACUUUUAAAAAUUGAUAAAUGGAUUGUAUAUGUGUUCUAAAUAACAUUAUCCAUAUUAUGUCCCGUUCAUCACAUAAUUAGUUAUCAUGCUACAUGAAAACUAAGUUAUUAAAGCAAACUAACUUGUCAUAUUAAUAAACUGCUUUAUGUACCCAC